GUCGUGUCGAGUUGAAUGUUAUGGUUUCAAGAGUGACAAGUCGUAACUUAAAUUUUUCAUAAAUUUGUCUUUUAAAAUGUAUUUUAAGUCUGCUUGUAUAACAAAUAUAGUUUCCUCCACUUCUGAAGAGUUAAAUUUCUACUCAUUGUUUUAGCGAAAUCUUUAAAACUUUAAACUCACAGAAAACCUCAAGAUGCCUUCUCCAGAUAAUGGCAUCUACAUUAUUGUGGGUGAGAUGAAUAUGGUGAUGACUGCUAUGAAAAAGAACAGUCGUUGGUCCUCUCAUACUCAUCAGGAGGGAGGAACAAGACAUUUUAUUGAGAAAUUUUACUGAACUGAAAGAAAUGCUAAAUCAAGUGAACACCAUCAAUGACAUGGAACCAAUCACGUAUCUGUCUCCAUUUCUGGAUGUUAUAAGGGCUGAAAACACAACUGGACCAGUAACUGGCCUUGGCUUGUCUGCAAUUAGUAAAUUUCUUUCGUAUGGAUUAAUUGAUGCCAAACAUUCAACUGCACCUUUGGCUGCUGAAAAUAUAGCUGAUGCAGUAACGCAUGCACGUUUCAUGGGAACAGAUUCUGCUUCAGAUGAGGUUGUUUUGAUGAAGAUACUUCAUGUUUUGAGGCUGCUGUUGCUCACUCCACUUGGUGUGCUCUUAACUAAUGAAUCUGUCUGUGAAAUAAUGCAGUCUUGUUUUCGAAUUUGCUUUGAAACUAGAUUAAGUGAACUUUUGAGAAGAUCAGCUGAACAUGCAUUAAUGGAUAUGGUGCAAUUGUUGUUUUCAUGUUUGCCACAAUUUACUGAAGAUUCUAGGUGUGCUUUCAUGAAAAAACUGAAAAUGAGAUCAGGAGGUCUUGAUACUGGACGAGGGAGUAGGAAAAGGUCUCCUAGAUCUAAGAGAAGAAAACAUAUCCCUCCAGAAACUUUAGAAACUGAAGCCAAAUCUUCAAGUAAACUAUCACAAAACUCUGUUCCUGAGUCAUUUCCUAAAGAAUUGGACAUAUCUGGUGAAACAAGCCCAGUUUCCUUACAAAGUUGCCAAGAAGCUUUACUUUGUAACGAGCCUUUAGAAGAAUGUACAAAUGUUUCUGUGUUUGAAAGUUCUCUCAGUACACCUAAUGAGGAGGUGAAAGAAUGGGUUGAUAGUCCUGUGCCACAUUUAAGUUCAAAUACUGAUGAAACUGAUCAAAAUCAAGAAAAGUCAGAAUCUUUUACAGUUCAACCAUAUUCUGUUGACCUUGCAUGUGUUCGAAGGGACAGCAUUGGUAACAAUGCAUUGCCUGGUGAAUCUCUUGAAACAGAAAAUCAGGUUAAAAUUUCUGAGCAUGAUAUUAGCAGUGAAUCUGGUAGUGUAAAUGCUGAUGUUCCUGAUGAUGCAUUAGCUGAACAUACUGAUACAGACUAUGUAAGCCCUCGAGGUGUAAGAUUCACCCCCCAAACGCAGCCAAAAGAAGGUUCUGGACCUUUAGUGCCAUAUGGUCUGCCUUGUGUAAGGGAGCUAUUUCGAUAUUUGGUGUGUUUAGUCAAUCCUCAUGAUCGUCACAAUUCAGAAACGAUGAUCCAAGUUGGUCUCAAUCUAAUAACUGUGGCGUUGGAAGCAGGAGCUGAUAACCUUGGACGAUUUGGGUCCUUCUUAGUUUUAAUACGAGAUGAGACAUGUAGAAAUUUAUUUGCUCUCUUGUCUACUGAACGUCUAACUGUGUUUGCUGCUGCAUUGCGAGUUUGUUUUCUCCUUUUUGAAGCUCUUCGAACUCAUUUAAAAUUUCAGUUAGAAAUGUUUCUGAAAACCUUAUUAGAAAUGAUAACUGCAGAUUCUUCUAAAAUAUCAUAUGAACAAAGAGAAAUUUCCCUUGAUUGUGUUGCACAACUAUGGCGUAUUCCAGGAUUAGUAACAGAAUUGUACAUUAAUUAUGACUGUGAUCUGUAUUGUUCAAAUCUCUUUGAAGAUAUUACAAAAAUGCUGUCUAAGAAUGCCUAUCCUGUAUCAGGAUUAUAUUCAGUUCAUCUUUUAUCUCUGGAAGCACUCCUAGCUGUAGUUGAAAAUAUUGAAAAUCAUUGCCAAUGUAGGAUGUUAAACCAGACUCAACUUUUUCAAGAAAUAGACACAUCAGUAGCUUCAGAAGAUAUUUUGGAUACCUCAAAACGUGGAGUUUUACAACAGGGUGCUUCUGGAUAUUUAUUAGGACAAGAACUCAUUUCUAGUCAAAAUUCUGAAAGAACGUCUUUGAUAAAUAAUCCAGAAAAACAGAGACCACUCAUUUUGCCAAACAGAAUGAAAAUUUCCCUGGAAAUUCCUAGUCAUGAAAUACUGAUGGCUGUGAAACAUAAAAAGAAAAUUCUUAUUACUGGAACAGACCAAUUUAAUUCUCAACCCAGCAGAGGAAUUUCUUUCCUUCAAGAACAUGGCCUUUUAAAAAAUCCUUUAGAUCCUCAAGAAGUUGCUGUUUUUCUUCGUGAUAAUCCACAGUUGGAUAAGAAAAUGAUUGGGGAAUACGUCAGUAACAGAAAAAAUUUAAAAGUUCUUGAAGCUUUUGUGAGAUCUUUCAGUUUUGAAGGUCUUAGAAUUGAUGAAGCUUUAAGAUUAUAUCUUGAAACUUUUAGACUGCCAGGAGAAGCACCUUUAAUAUCUUUAAUUAUGGAACAUUUUGCUGAGCAUUGGCAUAAAAGUAACAAUGAGCCGUUCUUCAACAAUGAUGCUGCUUUCACUCUUGCUUAUGCCAUAAUUAUGCUGAAUGUUGAUCAACAUAACCACAAUGUCAAAAAGCAAAAUAUUCCAAUGACUAUAGAAGACUUCAAAAAAAAUUUAAAAGGUGUGAAUGGAGGAAAUGACUUUGAUGAAAAUUUAUUAGAAGAAAUAUAUGUAUCAAUAAAAGGUGAAGAAAUUGUUAUGCCUGCUGAACAAACAGGAGUUGUGAGAGAAAAUUAUUUAUGGAAGGUAUUGCUUCGUCGAGGGAAUACUAAGGAAGGAAAAUUCAUCCAUACACCUAAUGGUCUAUUUGAUCAUGACCUCUUUUCAUUGGUUUGGGGACCAACAGUUGCUGCUUUAUCUUUCAUUUUUGACAAAAGUUCUGAUACAGUUAUAAUUGAAAAAACUAUCUCCGGAUUUAAAAAAUGUGCCAUGAUUGCUGCUCAUUAUGGAAUGAGUGAUGUUUUUGACAACUUAAUAAUUUCCUUGUGCAAGUUCAGUACACUUACAAACAGCUCUGAGACACCUAAAACUUUGCCGCUAUCUUUUGGAAGUAACACAAAGGCUCAAAUGGCUACAAAAGCAAUGUUUCGGUUGGCUCAUCAUCAUGGAGAUAUUUUGAGAGAAGGCUGGAAAAAUAUUUUAGAUUGUGUCCUUCAACUUUACAAAGCAUCAUUGCUGCCAAAGGAAUUAACUGAAGCUGAAGAUUUUGUCAAUCCAAAAGGUGUAGUAUCUCUAAUACGAGAAACUAUUCCUACUAUUCCAAGGGUUGAAUCUGGACUGUUUAGUUCCUUCUACUCAUACAUCACAUUAAAUUCUGAAUCUCCUCAAAAACAGCCUACACAGGAAGACGAAGCUGCCAAACAAAUAUCCUCAAAAUGUAUAAAUGAGUGCCAUUGUGAACAGUUGUUUACAGAAAGUAAAUUUUUGAGAGUUGAUUCACUUCAAGAGCUAGUAAAAACUUUGAUAUUUGUAUGCCAUGCACCAGAAUCUCCUGUUUCAAUUGGGAGUUCCUAUGAAGAAGAUUCAACAGUAUUCUUAUUAGAACUUCUAAUAAAAAUAGUUCUUUUGAACAGAGAUAGGGUGAUGAGCAUCUGGACAAUAAUCAGAGACCAUUUAUUGAACCUUGUGAUGGCUUCAGCUGCAAGCGACCACAACUUUCUGCUUGAACGCUCGGUUGUUGGCAUUUUAAGAAUAGCCAUACGUUUGAUUCGUAAAGAAGAAAUGAUACCCCAGGUUUUGCAAUCAUUGAAAGUUUUACUGUAUUUAAAACCAUCAGCAUUAUAUCUAAUAUCCAAGCAAAUUGCAUAUGCUUUGCAUGAAUUACUUAGAACAAAUGCUGCAAAUAUUCAUAGUCGUCAUGAUUGGACGUUGAUAUUUUUCCUUCUUGAACGAGUUGGCGCUGGUGCUAAACCUCCUAGGGAGUUUUCUAACUCAACAGCUACUGAAUCUCCAGCUAAAGUCGCACAUUCAGGUGCACAGUCUGAUAGUGAACUGAGUAUUGGAAAGCAUUCGAUUGAUAGUGCUGGGUCUGUCACUGAACGAGGGUAUACGUCUGAUAGUGGAGUUUAUGAUAGUCUUCCCGGAAGUCCCCAAAUUCAUAACCACCAACUCAAUCUGCUUCUGAAUGACAGUGUGGGUACUGAUAAUGAUUGGACUCCUGUGAAUAAAAAUGGUGAAAUUGAGAGCAUUCAACCCUUACCUGUGAAUCAAUAUAACAUUGUACUUCAUCGAGAGCUGUUGGCCCAUGAUCCAAUUGCAUUUUUGAAGUCCUGUGAAUCCUUGGCAUUUUUAGUCAGAGAUGCUGCUCACAUUACUACCGAAAAUUUUGAGAGCUGUGUUCACUGCAUUAGAACCUUUGUUGAAGCCAGUGCUAAUGGAGGUAACUCAUUUGAUAGGAAAUCAAAAGUCCGCCUUCACAAAGAAAAGAAAGUAUCAAAAAGUGUUCCAAAAAGGAAAGAAGAAAGGAGACUAUCUCGUCCUCAGUCAUUAAGACUUGGAGAAGGUUAUGAAGCUGAUGAUGAAGAUAAAUCUGAUGAAUUUGCUCCUGCUUAUCAACAAGUUUCAUUGCAGCUUUUAGACUUGAUGCAUACUCUUCACACACGAGCAGCUUCAAUUUGCAAUGGUACGGAAAGUAGUAAAGAUGUUGAUGGAAAUAAAGAGAAAACAAAUUUGUGGAGUGAUUGCUGGUGCCCACUUUUACAAGGCAUUGCUCGAUUGUGUUGUGAUUCCAGACGUGCAAUAAGAACAUCAGCUUUAACACUCUUGCCUCGAGCCCUUUUAGUUCAUGAUCUUCAAACACUAAGUCCGUUAGAGUGGGAAUCAUGUUUCAAUAAGGUAUUAUUUCCUCUACUAGCUAAGCUCCUGGAGAAUAUCAGUCCAAAUGAUCCUCUAGGAAUGGAAGAAACUCGUAUGCGUGGUGCAACUUUAUUGUGCAAAGUUUUUCUUCAACAUCUUAGUCCUUUACUAACUUUACCAACAUUUAUGGCUUUGUGGCUGACUAUUCUUGAAUUCAUGGACAAGUAUAUGCAUGCUGAUGGAAGUGAUUUAUUGGCAGAAGCGAUACCUGAGUCAUUGAAAAAUAUGUUGCUUGUAAUGGACACGGCUGGCGUUUUUGAAUGCCCAGAAGAUGGAAAGACUUCUGAAAAAUGCCAAAUGUGGCACAUAACUUGGGAUCGAAUCAAUAGUUUUCUUCCUGAUUUAAAAGAUGAACUAUUUAAGCAAUCAGUCUCCAAAGUCAUCGAGCAACCACAACAAGUGCCUGAAGUCAAAGUUGUUGAUGAUUCUCAUCAGCAACCUGAUCUGGUUUGUGAUCAAGUUCAAGAAACUGCUAUUGUUAGUCCUGUAUCUUCUAGUCCAGUAAGUUUAUCAAAAUCUAGUGAUGUUGAAGAAGCAGAAUUAAGCUCGACUCCUGUUUCUGUGAUUCUCCACCCUCCAACUUCUCCAGUAUUUUACAGCAGUGCCGUUUCUAUGGCUGGAUGUGCAACACUUCCUGUGGCAACACUAGCACAAACUGUGGCAUCAAAUCCUGUUGCUUUACCCCUACUUUUGGAUCCAAUGGUCAUGACUCAAACAAAUAUGCCCAUUUUUACUUCACACCAAGCUCACAAUGACAGUGUGAAUUCUUCAAGAUAGCCAAUUCACAUGGAAUGCGACUAAUAAAAAAGGGUUGAUGUAAUAUUUUGUCAAUUACCCUAUUUAGGCAUGUGCAAAUACUGUUCAAAAGAAGUUCCAACAAAACAUUGUCUAGAAAUAAACAUUAUACAAAAGUUCCUGAAGAGGAAAAAUAUGUUAAAAGUAUCUGCAUUUAUGUACAUCAAAGGCAAAAUUAUAUUCAUUGAUAAUGAAUCGAAGUAAAUACUGUAGUUAUAUAUUUUUAUUUAUAUAAUAGUUUAUGACUCCUAUUGUAAAUUGUUACUUCAAUUAAUUAUGUAUAUCUUGUUAUAUAUUUAAAUUAGUUUGUUAUUUUUGUAUGGUUUUAUCGCACCAUAAUAGUUUAAGUUUUGAACAUAAAGUUUUUAUUUUUUUCAUAUCUAUUUUUUGCAAUCAAAUAAAAGCUUUGUUUAAGUUACAUAUUUUCUUUAAUUAUUACUCAAGAAAACUAAAUAAUUAUGUUUUGUCAGUCUAAUAAUUGUACUUAAACUGUUAUUUAUGGUUAGUGAAUUGAAUGAAUUUCAUGUUUAAUCAGUACUGUUAAAAAGUUUUUAUUUGUAUAGGCCAGAAAGAUACUUCUUUCAGUAAAUGAAAGAAUUUAAAAGUAUUUUGAAUUUUAAGCUCAUUUUUCAAUACAUUGGAAACUAUUUUCACACAGACUGAAUGGGAAUUAUUUAAAUCAAUUUCAAGUAAUGACAUGUUCUGUCGAUUUUAGAUCAUCAAAGUAUUUUUAAUAAAAUUUGUAAUAAAAAUUUAAAUUGAAUAAGUUCAAUCAUUAUUAAUAAAAAAAUGAAACAAAAAUGUGUCUUUCAAAAAUAGCAAGAAACCUUUUAUCCCUUUUUUAAAUUACAUAUUUGAAAAAAAAUUUCACACAGAAAAAAUAUAUUUUACUUGAUGGAAAUUAUUUGUGGCAUAGUGAAAGUAUAAAUGCUAUCAAAUUAAAAAAAAAAAAAAGAUGUGAAUAAAAUGUAUUUGGAUUUU